AUGAGAGGAACAAGGCACAGAGCCAUGUUUAUUCGGCCUUGGGACAGACAUUAUGGUAAUUUACCCGACGGGGGGCUGCCUUUACCCAGAGCCAGUAUUUCACCCCUGGAAAAUGGUAUGGUUUUGGAUAACAAUACCCCAGGGGACAGACAACGGUAUUACUCUAAAGACCCAGGGAGGGUCAGGGUGACUUUUUUCUUUACUCAAAAGCCUGUUCAAGCCUUCUUUAAUGCUCUGGCCUUCGUGAUUGGCUGUGCUUGCCGAGCAUUCGUCACUCCGGAGGCAAACGCCUCCCUCGGGCAUUGGGUGCUUCCUGAGCCUUCUCACCAGCCUCACGUAGCAGAAGAGGUUCCCCACCAAGAGGGCCUGCGGGACCAUCCUGUAGCAACCCGAAGCGCUCCGCCAGUGGAUCUGGAGGUUAAGCAGCCGCUUAUGGGCGACCAACAGCGGCACGAAGAGCUGGAAAAUCGACUCAAUCACCACUUCCUUGGCAAAAGUGAACAAAUAGGUAGCCUAGCCUAUGAUGAUUUGUUGGAUAAACAGAUCCUCAUAGAGGAAAAGCUCGAAAUAGCGCUACUUAACGAGGGUUUUAGUAGAGACCGGAUUUUAGCGAAUCGCUACGAAAUUAGAGAACUUAUAUUUUAUAAAGAGGGAGUUCCACUCAAGGAAGAAACGCUAGGGAUGCACUUAGCCCAGAUCCAAAGCGAUCCUUUCUCAAACAUCCCAUAUCGUAAAAUCCAACGAUCUAUAAGGAAUUUGGAUCUGUUUUUUUCUAAGUAUAGAAAUUCUACGGUUGAAAGGGAUGGUGAGUGCCCUGGGAUUCACAGACAGAUGUGGAGUCGUAACAAGGUAGCCGUAUCGAGGGCGCGACUGGAUUGA